AUGCUCGCACCUCAUUUCCAAUUUUCUAUAUAUACAUACACUUUUUCUGUAUGUAUAUACUGGCACUUGUAUUUUCCCUUUUCAGGGCUUCCAGAGUCACCUGAUUACUCAUGUGAACUCUAGCUUUUGAGCAGCAUUCUUGAAUUUUUGGGAUGAAGCUGUGGAAAAUUUUUGGUAUUGGAAUUGUUACAUCAAUGGCUGUAGGGAACAACAUAGCUGAUGAGGAGGAAGAUGAGCACGAUAUCCGGGCUGGCGAUCACCACUGGCUCGACUUGAACUUCAGCUACAACGACUGGAUCACCCUCGGCCCAUCCGGUCCGAAGAGGAUCAGGAUGCCCGAGAGCGAAGUCAGCCGUGUUUCUGAUGGCUCAACCAGUGAAGAAUCUCAGGAUGCAGAUUAUGUAAGUGUUUCGUCUCUUAGCCACGAGGUCGAGAAUCUGAUCUUCGCCAGAUUCCCGCGGUCCGAGCUUUGGAAGACGAGCGUCAUCAACAAAAGGUGCUUGGCUCUCGCGAGGAGUGGUGAGCUUUACAAGAUCAGGAAGGAGAUAGGCGUGUAUUCGCCCUCCGUGCUCAUGUACGCCUCGGGACAGAGCACUUGGUGGGAGUUCGACCGGGAGUUUAGGUCGUGUAGGAGGCUCCCUUUCUUCCCUUCAGCCCCUUCCUUCCUCAGCGGUGACAAGGAGACGCUCUGCGCUAGCACGCACAUGCUUGUCUCGGGGAACGAGAUGGGGGAUCUCGUGAUUUGGAGGUACGAGCUAGCUAAGAACGAGUGGUGCAAGGGGCCAUCGAUGAUCACACCGAGAUGCUUGUUUGCAUCGGCUACUUGUGGUAACUACGCUUAUGUAGCCGGUGGGAUGGCUUCAGGGCUGAACGCUGAGGUUUUCGAUGUUGUAGAAAGAUACACACCUGAAUCUGGCUCGUGGGAGCCGCUCCCUAGUAUGAGGAAGCGUCGACAUCUCUGCGCUGGCUGCUACAUGGAUGGGAAAUUCUACGUGAUCGGGGGAAGGGACGGGGGCGUGGAGCUUACUUGUGGCGAGUUUUUUGAUGAGACAAGGAACACGUGGGAGCUGAUCCCGGACAUGCUUAAGGACGACCCGGUGCAGUCGUCCCACUCCCCGCCUCUCGUUGCUGUGGUCAACAACGAGCUCUACUUCUGGGCGUCUUCGUCGAACCACCUGAAGAUGUACCUGAAGGAGAGCAACACAUGGAAGCAGCUAGGGCAGGUCCCGGUGAGGGCCGACUGCCACAGGGGUUGGGGAGUUGCGUUCAAGUCCUUGGGAGACGAGCUGCUCGUGAUAGGGGCGUCCGCUGCCUAUGGCGAUCGGGUGGCUGUGUACACGUGCUGUCCGAGCUCGGCUGAGUCGGGCGAGCUGAGCUGGAGGGCUUUGGACAGUGGGAGCAAUUGCCUUACCAACUUCAUCCUAAAUUGUUGUGUUAUGGUUGCUUGAAAAAUGGGUGAUUGUCCUUGCUAUUGUAGAUGUUGAUGUUGUAUUUUGUGUUUUGUGUGUUUUUAUUAUGUCAAGUGUUUGAUCUUGAAUUGCUGGGAUUGUUGCCUUCUAGUUUUGUUUUGUAAUGUUCUAAAAAUGUCUAGUAAUUUACUAUAUAUAUACAUGGGAAUUAAAUCCUUUUUUAUGUUA